AUAAUACUAUAUAUACCUAUAUAAUACUGAAAAGAAAUUGAGAAAUUGAGAAACAUAAUUACGAGACGUACAAUACAAUGACGAAGAAUCUACCACCUGGUUACGUGUUCGCACCCAGCGAAGAAGAACUGAUUGUUCAUUAUCUUGAAAAGAAGGUUAAUGGACACUCAUUACCAAUGCACAUCAAUGAAGAUAAUGUCUACUUGUAUAAUCCAUGGCAACUCAUACAAAAAUAUCCAUUGCAGAGGUUCGAUGAAGGUUGCUUAUACUUAUUUAGUCCGCUACAUAAAUUAUCAGAAGGUGGAAACAAACGACCUUCUCGAUCAGCUGGAGACGGACACUACAGAAGUUCGAGAUGUUAUCCAAUAAUCUCCUCUGAAGGCAACACAAUUGGCUACGAAACACAUCUAAAGUUUUAUAUGGGAAAACCAUCUAAUAAGGAUGAUGACGACAACAAAACUAAUUGGCUUCUAACAGAGUAUAGAUUAAUGAACAAACAACCAAAUAACAACAACAACAACAACAACAAGACUACUCUUGAUGAAUGUGUUUUGUGCAAACUGUACUAUAAUGGAGAUGGAGAAGAAAAUGAAGAUGAAGAUGAAGAUGAUGAGAGUAGAAAACGAAAGAGAUUUACUACAUCUACAACAACAGAAGAUCAAAAAGAAGAAGACAACAAGAAUAAUGAUCCUCUGUCACAACAACAACAACAACAACUAGUACCAGCAGCAGCUCCAAAUAUUAAUGAUGAUAAUCAAAUAGAUCAACAUGAAUCCAAUCCUCCUCCUAAUCCUAAUCUAUCAGUAGAAGAAUGGGAAUCAUAUUUCAACAUUACUCUCGAUCAACAUUUAGAAGAAGAAGAUGAAGAUGAAGAUGAUGAUGAUACACUUUUCUUUAAUCAGCUGAACCAAGCAGACUAUCCACCGCAACACUACUUCGAUGAUCCACCGUAUAAUCUUGCUCCACAACAGCAACAGAAUCAUAAUGAUAUUGACAAUCAUAUCCAAAAUCUUCUUCAACUUCUGAAUGACAACGAAUGAGAACUACAACUCCAACAACAUCAUCAUAUUCUAAGUGUUUCAAUUAAUUUCUAUUACAACCUUCACAACAACAACCAACAACAACUUCAAUCAAUACAACAUGAACUAAUAACAUAAUUAAUUAUUAUAAUUUUCUCAUAAACACAUUGUAAUUUUCUUCAACUAUAAUUAACACAUUAAUCAUGUAAUCUUCA